AUGUUUGAUCAUGAAACGCAUAAGAGAAUGUGGAAUAGAUAUUUUAAAGUUAAUAGGGUAUAUCAGUAUACAAUUAGAUUCACCCAUAAAAAAGAAAUUAGAGUCGAAGAGGGCCAAUUAAAUAAAGUUAUAUAUUAUUGGCAUAAACCAACUAGCUUCCAAUUUCAAGAGAUUACAUCAUCAAAAUGCCAACUGGUCGAUGAAAUCAAUGGUAAAGUUAUUAGUGCUGUUGAAAUACCAACAUGUUUACAUAAUUGUUAUAAGAUAGAGUACAAUAGUCCACCCCCAAAAUCUAGAUUUACACUAUAUCAUGUUACAGAAUGUAAUUUAUAUUCAAAUGAAUUAGAAGAGGUAAACGAUCCAAGAGAGGUACAAAUUGAAUCCAUCACCGAAAAAGAAAUAAAGAUAUUCACAAGAUGCGAAGAAGAAAUUACAUUUGAUUCACCAGAAUUUAAACAAUUUAUAGAUCAACAUAAACUCUAUCCAAUGCAAACUAGAGAUGGCACAAUCGAAACUACCAUAUGCUUUGCAUAUCGUGUAUCACUAUUUAUUUAUAAACAUAUUACCUACGAUAUAAACUCUGGCGGUCAACCCCCAUUG